AUGUCGAUUCCACCUCAACUCAUCCGCGUAAAGCGCAAGCGUGACGAUGAGUCUCCUGUGACCUUUCUACAGUUUGACGAAGGCGCAAAACGCCAUCGAAGUGAUAGUAAAUGGGUCUAUCAAAGGAGGCACCCCGGCCCUCAGUCCCCAACGAUAGAGAACCCAUCACUGUCUCUUCGUGAUGCCAAGCCAGUCAUUCAUGUCUCGGGACCAAGCGAUAAUACACCACCAAUACAGAAGAGCGUCGACCCUGAUGAUGCCGCCCCUAUAACGGACACCAAAUCAGUCGAACCCUCCCAGGGCACCGAACCACGACGCUUUCACAUAUCGAGGAAGAUGAUGAUGGCCUCUAAUGCGGCGCAACCAUCAGGUGCUGGCCUAAAUAAGCGAGCACGCUACGGACCUGCUGUCUUCGUCGAACGAAGUCGUGCAAAAGCCAGUCAACGAGCCUCUCAGGUUAUGAAGACCAUCCAGGCAUCUAUGACAGUACCGAAAUUGCAAUCAAGUCAAGACAUAAAGAUGUCUUCGGAUGCCUCGUCCGAACUGCGGCCUCCAGAGGAGCCACCACAACAGGAGCGACGACUUAAAAAGCCAGCAGCGAGGAGCAGACAGAACUCUCCUCUUCCUGGCCCCAACACACGGUCUCCUCUCCCAACUUCCGUUAUGAGUCCCCACAACCAAGAUUUAUCAAAGAUAACUGCUGACAUGAACGACUGGGUUAUGAAAGAGAUUGGGGCUAAUCUCGAGGAUAUGGAACAGGAAAAGCAAAGAGUAGCCAGAUUCAAGCCUAAAGCCCCAGCUAAAAGAUACCAGGAGCGUCACCCAGAAGUGGCUGCAAGCACAUCGGAGCCAAACGAUGUCAGCAUGAAUAUGGGUGAGAGUGAGGCGGAGGACGACGACGAUUGGAUCAUUGAGGAAUACGUCCGCGUCCCUGCACAUGCCAUGACUGUCGAUGUGGCACCAACCGACGUUGGCGUGUUGGUUCUUGAUGGAAAAGAGGAGAGCAACCUAUUCUACGGCCCUGAGCGUGAUGAAGACGAGGGCCUGGACGAAGAUGACGAGGAUGAGAAUGAACUGAGAACCAAGACUAACAAAUCAAACUUGCCAGCCGAGAACUACUACACAGCUGACUAUCCAGAAGACGAGGUAGAGUCAGAUGACGAAUACGGACGCCAUCCUUAUGGCUAUCGAAAUGGAAAUGCAUCAGACGACGAAGAGUUUGACAACAUGUACUAUGACGAAAGCGACAAUGACAUGGUCCUCGACGGCGACGGUGACGACGAUGCCACCAUGGCUCGUAUCAGGACCUAUAUGAGGCACAGCAAAGCCUUUCAAUAG